GGUAUCGCCAGCUCUUGUGGCUUCGUUCAUGCAAUGUGUGACGAAGAGAGCGACAAAUACGAAAGUGCAGAUGAAGGAGUUUAUCUACCGUUAAAAUCAAUAUGUAUUCCUAAAACUUCGGAUGCAGUAUCAGUAGAAGUUACGAAACCACCUGCGGAAGUGACGAUGGCCCCUGAAGUGCAUGGUGGUGGCCCGAUCGUCCAGAAUAUGGCGGACAAAAGGAAGAAAUCGCGGAAGUCCAAAUCGCAACCGAAGAAGGUGAAAGUUCCCAAAGUUAAAUCACCGCCUCAGGAAAUCCCCUGGAAUAUCGGAGGUUCCAGUUCACAUCAGAAGGAAGAAAAACGAGUCAAACCUAAUUCAGACCAAUCAACAAUAGAUUCCCAUGCCGAAAGCUCUUCCCACAUAGUUUCCGACCUCACUACCACAGUCCGUGACAAGGAAGAUGCCGACAUCGCCUGUAAAUCACACGAUUCUGUAGCGGAAUCAGCUACCCACGUGCAACCCAGUGAGGUGUCCCCUCCAACACCCCAAAUACAAAGUCGCGAUGAUAUAAUACAGGUCGAGGCAGAAGGAAGCACAGUUCCUGUUUUGGAUGGUUCUCCAUCGAACCCUGACGUCAUAUCUUUUGCUGCCUCCAGUUUCGUCCGCGGUGUUGGAGGCGGUUUAAGCACAUUGGCUGGUGUUCUUACUCAUGCAAUCCAAGUCGCUGUUGAGGAUGAACCUGUGGACGUCACCGAGCGACGAAAGGAGCGCCAGAAUAGGGAGGAGGUGGAGAGGGAAGCCAUCGCAGAAGCUUGGUCCAGUGUUUGGAAUUCAACUUGGGGAACAGGUGGUUGGGGAGAAGACGAAGACUCCCAGCUGCCUGAUCCUGACUUGUCUACUGAGAGCAAACCGGCUUCAGCCAUGAUAAAUAAUGAUGCAGCUUCUCCUAGCGUAUCGGACCUUGCAGUCAGCACUCAUGAGGAACCCACUUCCUUCUGGGGCUGGUCCGGUGUGUCCUCUUUCGCCCAGCAACUCACGACGUCACUCCAAACAAAGAGUCUGACUUUGGUACAGGAAGGCGUUAAUGUUUUAGAAAAAAUUGGGAAGAAGACCAUGUCUGUGAUUGAGGAGAAUGAUCCCGGAUUCCAAUACACGAAAAAAUUUCUCAGACCUCCUGGCUUGCGCGAUCGGCCCAACCUUUCGCAGGUCAUACGGGAAGCCUACGAGCGCGACCAGAGCAAUCUUCCGCACACAGAUAAUGCAGCACGAGAUUCACCUAAUAAAGGUUCUCUGAGCGCAUAUUUGGAGAGGAACCGUGCAUUAGUACAUUUGGAAGCUUUGGAACUGGUCAGUGAGCAAGCCGAAUCACAGCUGCACAUUCGCUUACAACAAUUCCCAGAACAGACGCAGGACCUCACACUUGAGACGAUAUGGUGCACACUUCAGCUCGAAGACGCGGAAGAUAACGAGACGGAGACCUAUUUUGAGGAUGCUACUGUUUUAAAAUUGUUGAAAAAUACCGGAAAUUCGAAAGACCUUUAUGGCUGCAGACCAAAGGACCUAUCCGAAGAGCACAUGCGCGUGUGGAUUGUAUUACAGCAAAGUUUGAAUGAAUUCAAACUAAUUUAUCCUGGAGAACGUCUCCUAAAGAAUUUGACGGAGUUUUGGAACAGAAUCCAGGACACCCAAUCUGAAGGCAACGCUGAGACACUUUUUGCGGCUGCUGUUAUCACGCUUGCUGAUAUCACCUCUGCCUACUUGGAAUACUUGCACAAAGUAGCGGAAUGCAUACUCGUACGGGAUCACGAAGCGUUGUUGGACUUUUCCUGGUUGACUUCAGUGAUUGCUACUCUCUUCCACGCAGCGUUCAGGUUACAAAGUGCAACAAGUUUGGAAUACAUCAAGCUUAUCAAGACGUCCCGGAAGUCGCUUACCGGACAGACUACUAUAGAAUUUAGCCCUCCGGUGACUUCAACUACUCAGUUUGUUGCGAACGUGCUACUGGAGUGCAACAACGCGCAAACAUACUUGAGAAAUGCCGCACAUUUACUGGUCCCCGUUUUCCAGCUUGCAUGUCUCAACUCUUCACUUGAAGUCGAAUCAAACUGAGUAGCGCAACUGAACGAUAUCAGUUUUUAUUGGUCUCUCUGUCUUUCUUUGCUUGUUCUCAUUACUUUCCUCCGAAAUAAAUCGUGAUUUGCCUUUCCUGUAAAUUGUUCCAUUUUUGAAACUAUUUUGUAUUGAUAUACUUCAUUUUGUUGAACAGACUUGGCAUGUUCACCGGAUGACAACUUGUUCCAAAGUGUCUGUUCAUUUGAAUAA